AUGGAUGUGGAUAUGUGUAAGGGAGUUCAGUACCUUAAUGAAAUCAAGGAUUCAGUUGUCGCAGAGCUUUCAUGGGUGUCAAAGGAAGCUGUGCUACCAGAAGAGAACAUGACGGGGUAUAUGCAUGUGACGUGGUUCUCCAUACUGAUAUCAUUUGCAGAGGUGCUGGACAGGUCAUUCCUACCCCUAGGAGGGCUAUGCAACCUCAGUGUCUCACAGCUAAACCUAGACUUUAUGUAUCGAGAUCCAAGCUCCGGAGACUGGUCUUGGUGGUGUUUACGGUGUCCUCUCUACAACAUCAAAGCUUAUCUACCCGUCAUCGAGGCAUUUGGUUUCUCUUGUUACCAGCUUAAGGCUGCGACAUCAGGACAGGCUUUUCCCUGUGCGUGUUUGAUCAUUGGGAUACAGUGA